AUGGCCCCACGAGAUUGUUCCACAGUUCCCGCCGAUAGCGCGACCAAAGGCGCACAGAGCAAGCGACGAUGGCAGUUCCCCGACAGUAAGACUUCUGCGGACGUCACCACAUCGACAUCUGUAUCCAAGAAGUUGAAGCAAUCACAUCUAUCAUCACCAACACCUACUCGGCUCCUUGACCUAGACACCGCCUUGGUCCUUCAGAUCGCCAAAGCAGUCGGUCAAGAAGACCUUCCCAAGCUCAUGCGUACCUGCCAGGCACUGUGGACCAUUGGCCUCGAUGCGUUGUACAAUGACCAGGUGCGGUUUAACCUAGGCCCUCGAUUCCCCCCAAGCGACAGCCUCGUAGGAUACGGACCGACGUUCAGAUACAUCCAUCGCUUCACCCGGGAUGUGACAAUCGGCAUCACAGCACGUUCUGGCGCACAGGACUAUUUCCAGAUGCUAGCGCCGACGCUAGAACACACCUCGCUCACUUCGUUGAUAUUCACACAACCCGGGCUAUCAGACGAGCACCAACAAGGGCCGACUAGGUCAGCGCUGAACGGACAAUCAUGGCUGAUAUUGGAAGAUAUGCUGUGCAACGACAUUCGAGGCCUCAAUCUCCGAGACUCCUUAAGAAACAUUGACCUUCCGGAAGUCUGCGACCCACCUACCACCAAUAGCUCCGGUCAACACAUCGAUGACACUCUUCUGGAUAGCCGACUCAUCCUCAAGUUCGUAUCUACCCUACUGCAACCUGGCAAGCCCUUCCGAUUUGCAGCCGCAGGCAGCAAGGAGACCGGGGCGCUAAGGAGAGUUGCCCGGCGUCUGCUCGAAUACGUCGGUGUAGGAGCGCAUAUCGAAUCUUUCUACAUGCGUGGUUCUGAACCCGGCAAAGAUAAGGGGAUAUAUCGCAACCCCUUCUUGGACUUGGGAUUGGAACAAAAGUUCGCACUCACUAAGCUCGUCUUCCACGAUUUUUGCUUCAGAGAUCUUCCAGCGAGCGUCGCCCACUCUGUCGACCUCUCGAGUGUGCGCUCGCUUCGUCUCAUCCAGUGCUUAGACCCCGAGCGCCUGUUCUUCUACUUCAUGGAAUCAGAUUACAAUUCGAAGAUCAACAUCGAAGAUCUGUGUAUUCAGAUACUUAACUGGGACGAGCCCCUCUUGUGGCGAACCCACGACUUCGCGUUUACGAACUUCAUCACCAGUUUCAAUAGCCUACAGUCAGUGUGUAUGAAAGUAUGCAACACUUGGGUUGGAGCCAGGUCUGAAUACCCCAGGCUGAUCGACAUCUGGCGUUACCAUCCCGGCCUACGGGUCUACGAUGUAGAUUUCGGAAAUGAAAACGAUCUUUCGCUCCGCGACAUGGACAGUCUUGCAUCGUACUGUCCUGGAUUAGAAGUCUUUGGCUCUCGCGACAUUGUGCUCGGUACUCCGAUUUACGAUGGAGAAUGGAGCGAAUUCGACGACGAAGCUCCGUAUAUCACCGAAACUCUGGCCGCCGAAUUUCGAGAACUGAAGACGUGGAAAGUCUACUACAACACGGGACCCCUCUUCAAAAACGAAGAGGGAGAUGACUUUCACCACCUUGUCGCAACCUGCCUCUUCGACUUCUUCCGCGAGGCUUGCGAGGAGUACAAGAUCGAGUGCAAGCUCAAAACCAUCAUCUUGAUCGCACAAGAUGACGUCAUCCCCGACCAUAUCUUCCUUCGUGACGGCCUGUCACAGGGUCUCACAUACAACUUUUGA